UGACAGACUGAAGUGUACGCCGCACAAACUCCCCUUAACAAGCUCUCUAACUCUAUAUAAUACAUCGCACAAGAUGUUGGCAUGUGACUAUACCAACGUGCUCAUAGCCUUCGUGAUGAUCAUGCCGUUUGUGUAUGAAUUCAGUCAUAGAUUUAGGUUAUAUUUAAAAUUUUUCCUCUAUUAUUCUAUGGUGAUGCUGUGUUCUGUACUGUGCAUCCCCUUCAUCAUUUGGAGGCCAGGAGAUGUUAGGAACACCUUGAUAGCCACAUUACCACUGCGUAUGCUGAACCCCUUGCUUGGCCUACACUGGGAGGUACGCGGCCAAGACCACAUUGUGAUAGAUCGUCCGGCUAUAGUGGUGGCUAACCAUCAGAGCUCGGUUGAUUUCUUAGGAAUGGUGUACUUGUGGCCAAUGUUUCACAAGAUCACAGCCAUUGCCAAGAAGGAAUUAUUUUAUGCUAUGCCAUUUGGGAUGACAGCUUGGCUAUGUGGUACCAGGUUCAUCGACCGCAGAAACCCAGACAAAGCCAAAGCCUCAAUGAAUGCAGCAUUAGACUACGUAAAGGAAAAGAGUGUAAAGCUAUGGGUGUUCCCAGAGGGUACACGAAGCAUGGCAGAUGAGAUGCUCCCAUUCAAAAAGGGUGCCUUUCAUUUGGCAAUUGAAGGCCAGUUACCAAUUCUGCCUCUCGUGUAUUCCUCCUAUCGAGGUUUUCUCAAUCAUCCUUGCAAGAUAUUCAACCCAGGUCACAUCAUUGUCACCUGCUUGCCUCCCAUCUCUACAAAAGGAAUGAAAAAGGAAGAUAUGCCAAGGUUAAUGGAGGAUGUGCGAGCUCAAAUGAUGGAGGUUUAUACCAAAACAUCCUCACAGGUACAUCAUCCAUGGCCCCUGGCAGAGGAAGUAAGGAAACACAGCUAAGCCAGGGAGACAUCUCUUAGAUAGAAGCACCUCAACACUCUUCUCACUCGUACCUGUAGUGAGUGUGCACCUAACCACACCAGACCUUGUGAUGGUGGCUGUGCUGUUAAUAUUCCUGUGAAUACUUCCUGGAAAUGCCUAAACCCAUUUAGUAAAUGUGUAAAGAAUCAGUUUAUAUAUUGCUGGGAUGGCUGUGGAUGUUUUAGAAUUUGAAAUUUAAUUUGAAUACGUUCUGUACGACAUACAUGGUGAAACAGAUGUAUCGGCACAGAUAGCAUUAUCAAUAACUGAAUUUGAAGUAGUGAUAAAUGUGCCUUCUCACUUACUAAGAUGUUGUCCUAGGUUAUUUUUCACUUUAAUAACUUUUGAAAUUUAGCAACAUCUAUAUAUUGUCACUUUUAGGCUAAAUUUGUUUGCAUGGCAUCUCUCAUAUAUGUAAGUUACCCAAAAUAUUUCAAUUUUGCUCAGAUUUUUUUUUUCAAACAUUAUUAAGAAAUUUAAUAUAAUGCAUAUAGACUCAUAUACUUUUGAUUUCAAAACUUAUUUCAAAUGGCUAUUGAUAACAUCGUGUCAGUUGAUACAUAUCCUAGGGACAGCUACAUGCUUCCAGCUUUAAACUUACACACUCCAGUAAGCUUGUAAAUGUACUGUACAAUAUUAUAUUUUGUGUAAAUUAAGGCCCUUCAAUUCAAGCUUUUAUUACUGACAGUAAAUUUCACCAAAACAUUGUCGUCAAAGAAUGGUCUAGCCGGAGCAUGACCAACUCACUCCCUUUCAUUGUUCCAGGUUCUUUAAGUUGGCUUUAAUUGGUGUAUGACCUUUUGCCUGUAAAAUGAGUUGGGUAGGAGUAAUUCUUCUGUAUUUGAAAGACUACUUAUCAUACCAGAUGACUGGGGUCUCAGUGCCUCGCUGGUGUAUGAUACAGACACAAAGUUUGAUUUUGUACUAACAACCUUUUCACAUUAAUCAGUAUUUAUAUCACUCCAUACACAUUUUAAUCUAUUAUAUUAAUAGUAUUUAUAUCACUACUACAGAGGAAGUUACUGUGUUACAAACCUGUGCCGUUACUUCUACUUUACUUUAUACAGUAAUUCCCAUACCCUUGUAGAAGUUAUGUCAUGAAAUACCUCACGUAAGGCACAAGAUGUUAAAGGCAUUAACAUGAUAUUCAUGUAAUUAAAAGAGUUAUGUCACCAGAUCCUGUACGGUCACAAAAAAAAAAGUCUGCUUUGAAUGUCACUCCAACCCAGCAGUGGGCCUGAGGCUAGUGUGUGUCAGUUUACAGUAUUGGUUUGUAAAAUCUGGUAGGACAGUUAAGCGAGGAGGCGAUCUGCUCACUAGUUGUUGGCAUGUGCAUGAUAGUCAUACUGUGAAGAUAAUUGAGGUAAGGUUGUCAGGUCAGUAAGAAUAUAAGUGUAUAGUCAGUCAAGUAUAGAAUAAGGCAACCUAUCCGGUAAUACUGUAAAGGUAAGGAUGACGAGGAGUGGUAGGAUGGGGGUAGGGGAGGUCUCGUCCUUGAGUGAGAGCUGGGGGUACAUGGUGCAUUUGGAAUAAAAGUUUUUACACUAUUACCAUAUCUAUUGCCCUACCCUAUAUUGGUUGCAUCUGUAAAUUUAUAUGGCUGAGAAGGGGUGGAGUCAGGCCACUUAUGUUGGGUGUGUGGAGGUGGGGCUGGUUGUAGUGGUGAUCACAUGCAUACAACAUUGCAGUGUAGUAGAUGUCUAGAAUGUGAUGUUCAAUGUUUAGUGUGUGUGUGUGUGUUUUUUUUGUUUUUUUUUUUACUGUAUGGUGGUGUCAAAUUUGUGCUGUUCAGUGUUGAUGAGAGCCUAGUGUGAGUUGAUGAGUAUGUAGUGAAUUGUGGUGACUGUGUAGCAUGUAGUGGUGUGUCUAGUGUGUGGUGUUGACUCUGGUGUAGUGAUGAGUGUCUAGUGUGUGGUGGUGAGAGUCUGGUGGUGAUAGGGUGUCUAAUGUGUGGUGGUAAGCAUGUAUGACACCUUUCAAAGACUUGUAGCUUCACUGAACCUCUACAGCCUAUAAGAGUGAGUGCAGCCAAUUACUGUACUGUAUAGAUUUUAUUAUCCAUUCUAGUUUUAAUGGAUAAAAUAUAUACAGUAUAAAUAUAUAAAAGGAAGUACAUAAAAAGGUUUAUUGUAUUGUACUUAAUUUUUAUAUUUUUUUCCUUUCUUAAUCAUUCAACAUCUUUUUCACAUUCUAGUGUUUUGGAUAUUUAGACGGACGCAUGAUUAAAAUCCAGAAAAUUGCACAAGUAACUGGAAAUAUCUGGUUUAGAGAGACAUUUACAAGUACAGUAAUUGGAAUUCUCUCUCAAUCAGACUGACGGCUUUUCAAUUAAUCCAGCUAAGGGAGAUUUCACAAUACGAGUACGGUAUGUCUCUCUAUACAUUGGAUAUGCGUUCUUGUAAAGCGUAACAUUUAGUGAAUACAAGUUUACUAUAGACCCUAAUGAUAUAAGUAGGGGGCUAUGUUACUGAGGGACAUUUCUGGUAAAAUAUUCUCACUAAAAUAUUAAUUAAUACAUAUACCUAAAUUAAAAGAUCAUAAGUUCAAAUUAAUACAGUACAGUAUUUAGAUAUAAAUUAUGCUGAAGAUGGUUACCAAAACUGCACAUAGAUACUGACUAGGUUAGGAAGUGGUGAGUUAUUUAGAUGAAGCAGCAGGAUUGCCUGUUUCUUUAUACUGUACUGUAAAGAUGGACUCUUAAAAGACUGGUGGAUGGCUUUCAUCUUCUUCAGUUUGUACAGCUCCUUGUAGUAGUUACUGUCAUUGGUUAAUAACUUCCUACACCCCUUUGGUAUGAAUACAGGGAUUACUGUAGUGUUACCUUAGGGAAGCUCAGUACAGCUGUACACCACGUGUCUAAAAUGAACCAAAAACUCCAGUUACCAAUAUGUAUUGUAUAGACUUAUAUGUAGAUAUCUUAAUACCUGGCUAGUUUGUAUUGAAAUUGACAUACAUAAGCCCGGUGUUCCUGUAGUGGAGGGAUUAGGUGGAUGGUUCAAAUUUCAUAAGGCUCACAUUCAUGUCAUUUUUUCCUCUUUUUCUUUCAUUUCAUCAUCAACAUAUAGCAAGGUAUAUAUGUCUGUACUUCAGUAAUGUAUAUUUUUUUCUUUACUAUAAAUAUCAAAUCGUUAUUAUUUAUUGAAGUUCUGUCUAAUUCUUACCACUUGUCUUGGAGCCCCAAGCCUGACCACGGAAGGUUUACGGUGACGCGAAUGGUUUAAAAAAAAAAAAGCCGCUUAUUCUGCUCGUGAACGGUAUCAUCACAAAUGGCAAGGUAUGGGAAUUACUGCAUUAGUAUUAAGAAUAAACUAUUUUAACCAAAGGUAUUAAUAUUAUGUUUUUGUUUUUGUAUAUGAAUGGUAUAUGUAGAUUAGAGACAAUGUCUUAGUUCCCCGAGGACGAAUUAAAGUGAGCCAAUUGGUAGAUAAAUACAGUCCUCCUGCACAAGAUUAUGCCUGUGUACCCGUGUAUAGAAGUUACUUCAAAAGUCAGGGAGGGUAAUUAUUAGUGUAGUUAAAUAUUGUUUCAUAAGAGAGCUGGCAAUUGGACCAAAGAUAAGCUCAUGGUAAUCCUUAGAACGAUGUCUUGUUAACCAACAUUAAUGUAUUUCUAUAUUAUAAUGAAUACAUAAGCAUCACAAUACUGUUACAUUGAACAAGAAGUUUGCUGUGCUCUAGUAUGACUUCCUUCCUCUCCAUGAUAACAUUCACAAAUACUGUACUCAUCUUGGUAACAUGUGGAUGAUGGAGUGGUUGAGUAUUAUAGAUCAUUGUCAAAGUUACUGAAGCCCAUGGGCUGUUUUCACAUUGUUCCUUUCCAUUGAAUUCUCAUAUAUUUGUUCCCUAUCUCUUUCUCUCCAUAAAAAACAAGUGUUGAUUUAUUUUUAUGAAUUGAAAUAAUUUUGUUUUGUAAACUUUUUUUGGUUUUAUUGACUUUGUAUUUAUAAGAUGUUUGUUUGAUUGUUAUUUUUAAAAAAGCAGUUUCUAUGGGGAAGCCAAAUAUACCUAAUUUGAUAUUUCAUAUCAAUGUAUGUGUAAUGUAUAUAAUUUAUGUGUUAUUAAUUUCCCACUGUGUGGGAGGCUUUUUGAUCUUUCCUCAUUUAAAGUUUUUGCUUGUUUCUAGAAGAAGCAUGGUAGAUAUUAAUGCAGAAAAAAUAAGGAUAUCUAGUGGACAGUGUAAAGUAAGUACUGUACGUACUUGUUCAGCUAAACGAGCCAAUUUUUUUUUUAUCAAUUAUAAGGAGAUUCAAGCAGCAAGCCAUCUUUAAUUGAACAACUUCAGCU